AUGGAUCCCCGGCGGAGACAUGUUGAGAUUCGGCCUGACGAGGCCCCGCGCACUCCCAGCUGCGAGCGGCCAUACAUUGCCAUUCGCCAUCCGGCGUAUCCAGCCACCGCGCCGCCCCUACUGCAGUUCAGGGCCGUCGACCGCACCUGGGAGGGCAAGAAGGCCGUCCAUGCGUUCGACCACGAUACCGCCCUCAUCGCCUGUGGCAUCGUCACCGGCAACACCUGGCCUACCGGCUUCAUUGGCCUCAAGAUACCCAGGCGCAACAUCUAUCUAAAGUUGAUGGCCACCAAGGGCGAGGUACUGCGGACCCACGAAGAGUAUUACUACUUCGUCAGUAACCGAACCGGGCCCGAUUAUAAGUAUCCGGUCGUGCCAUCGUUUGACAACUGGCGCUUUCCCCACUACAACCUCCCCAAGCCGUGGGCCGAGAUCUCCAUCUCUGGUCUGCCUCCAAGUUUCGACAGGCUUGGCGGGGCACUUGGCGCCAUCGAGCGAGACUUGGGCGGCGAAAAAGUGAAUGACCACAAUGCGCUCGAGGUGGCCCGCUUGAUCCCUCAAAAGCACGAGAAGUGGUUUUUUAUAAACGACAUGCAGAUUUACCGCCGCAGCCCAAGACAUGAUAUUCCAAUGGACGAUCUUGGCAAUUUGAUUUGCCUCCGCCCAGAGAAGCUCAAGCACUUCCAGCACAACAUGUUCACGGUCGUGCCCAGAAAGACGCGACCCGACGAGGUUGGUCCUCUUGUGCUCCGUUGCCUUUCUCCAGGCGAAAACGAUGAGCUGGUGACCCUCUACCACCUUCGCUCCGCCGGUUGCAUCAUUGAUAUGUCCAAGGAGUACCUCUUCGCGCGGUUUGCCAUGCUCAUGUUCCGCAGCGACACCAUGCCCUUCUUCACGGGCGAGGGUGAGACUGCCGUGAGGAUGGAAGAUCCCAGAAUCACCUGGCAGCGCACCGUGAUGCGCCAGGAUGGGAGCUCCAAGGAGAGCGCCAUUGAGAUCCGGGAGGACUACUCCUCCCAGACUCCAGAGGCUUCCGUCAAUCCCAACAAGCGGAAGCGAUCAGAGUCCAGUGAGGGCAACGCAGCUAAGCGACAUGAUAGCGGAGAAGGAAAAUGA